AUGGGCGACGUCAAUUUCUUGCAAAAGGCUAUACAGAUAGUCCAACAAGCAACAGAACAAGAUAAUGCAAAGAACUAUGCAGAGGCUCAUAAGUUAUAUAUACAAAGUUUGGAAUGGUUUACAACUGCCUUGAAGUAUGAGAAGAGUGAGAGAUCAAAGGCAACAAUUAAAGCCAAGACAAUGGAGUAUUUGCAACGUGCAGAGCAGUUGAAGGAGUAUUUGGAGAAGACAAAGAAUAAGAAGCCAGUGGCUGCUAUGAAUGGUACUUCAAAACCAGGCUCCACUACAAAGAAGGGAGGCGCAGCUGAUGACGACGAGGACAUUGAUCCAGAGGACAAGAAGAGAUCCGAUGCACUCGGUGGUGCAAUCCUCACAGAGAAGCCCAAUGUCAGGUGGGAUGACGUUGCCGGUCUCCAUCAGGCCAAAGAGUACCUCAAGGAGGCCGUCAUCUUCCCCAUCAAGUUCCCUCAGAUGUUCACCGGUAAAAGAAAGCCCUGGAGAGGUAUCCUACUCUAUGGUCCACCAGGUACAGGAAAGUCCUACUUGGCUAAAGCCGUGGCGACUGAGAUAUCAUCGACAUUCUAUUCGAUAUCACCUUCGGACAUUGUGACGAAAUGGCUGGGAGACAGUGAGAAGCUGGUCAAGCAGUUGUUUGAGAUGGCAAGACAACAGAAGAACAGUGUAAUAUUUGUCGACGAGAUCGAUUCGCUGUGUAGCUCGCGUAACGAUACGGAGAGCGAGUCGUCCCGUCGUAUCAAGACCGAGUUCCUCAUCCAGCUGGACGGUGUGGGCAACGACUCGGAUGGCAUCCUCAUCCUGGCGGCCACCAACAUCCCCUGGGGCCUGGAUCUGGCCAUCCGUCGACGUUUCGAGAAGAGAAUCUACAUCCCCCUGCCCGACCCCCAUGCGCGCAUCAAGAUGUUCCAGUUGCACAUUGGCUCCACGCCCAACAGUCUGAACCAAGGCGACUUCAAGCGUCUGGCCGACAUGACCGAGGGCUACUCUGGUGCCGACAUCCAGAUCGUCUGCAAGGAUGCCAUCAUGCAGCCCAUCCGUAUGGUCCAAAUGGCCACUCACUUCAAGAACAUCCGUGCGCCAUCUAGAGAGGACCCCAACGUCAUUGCCGACUUCAUCACACCCUGUUCACCAGGCGACCCUCAAGCCAUGGAGAUGACCUGGAUGGACAUUGACGGAGCCAAGCUCAAGGAACCAGACAUCACUGCAAAUGAUUGUAUUAAGAGUAUCAGGAAUGUCAAGCCAUCAGUAAGCUCAAAGGAUUUGGAUAAAUAUAUAGAGUUCACUAGGGACUAUGGCCAAGAAGGUAUCUAA